CGUCCCCAUCCUCUGCGGCUCUGCCCAUCUCUCUAGCUGUGUUCAUCAAACAAGCUGAUUGCGAGAGAAAGAGAGAGAAAAGAGAACAUUUUUUUGGUUUGGUAAAAUUUGAAGUGCAGAAAGAAGUUGCCCUGAAUAAUUACCAUUCUCAGAAACUUAUUUUCCGUCCUUCUAAGUUCUAAUCAAAGCCCGUUUCUUCCAAAAACAAAAAUGGGUUGAAAAUCGUGAGCUAAAAAAAGCAAGAAAACAAACGGGGUUCAUUCAUUUCAGGCGAUUCAAUCCUUUUGCCUAUUGGGGUGGCUGUGGGGCGUUGUAUUGUGUGGUUGGAACUGAUUGGAAUUGGGGUUCUCAGCUUGACCCCACUGGCGAAAUUCCUGUACCAAUUGCCGAGUAAAAGACAAAUCUUUUUUUUUUUCCUAUUGAAUACAGGUGGAUGUGAGGUAUAGUGCUUGGUGUGGUGUGGGGGUUUUUGGUAAAAGUACCAGCUUUGCUCUGCAACUUUUUCUUGGAUGCUUGUAAUUAAUUGAGUGGGAAUUCUUGUUGGAUUUUCUUCUGUUUAAGCUUGUAGAUAUCCGCCUUCUAUAGUUCUAUAGUUCUAUCACCAGUGGAAUCAACUUUUUUCUGUAAAAAACAGAGGCUUCUGCAAUGGAAUUUGAUGAUGACUCCAGUGAAACUAAGGGAGGGAUGUGGGUUUUGGACCAAAAACUUGAUCAACCUAUGGAAGAGGAGGCUGGAAGGUUAAAAACCAUGUACAGAGAAAAGAAGUUCUCCUCGAUUUUGCUAUUGCAGCUUGCGUUUCAGAGCCUGGGAGUGGUGUAUGGGGACUUGGGGACAUCACCGUUGUAUGUUUUCUACAAUACAUUUCCCCAUGGGAUUGAAGACACGGAGGAUAUCAUCGGAGCACUUUCAUUGAUCAUCUACUCGCUCACCCUUAUACCGCUCCUCAAAUAUGUUUUCAUAGUGUGUAGAGCGAGUGACAAUGGCCAAGGUGGGACCUUUGCUCUUUAUUCGUUACUCUGUCGACAUGCUAAGAUAAAAACCAUUCCCAAUCAACACCGGACAGAUGAGGAGCUAACGACUUAUAGCCGUAACACAUUUCAUGAGCAAUCAUUUGCUGCAAAAACAAAGAGAUGGCUGGAAGCAUAUGCAUUCAGAAAAAAUGCGCUGCUUAUUCUCGUCCUUGUUGGGACUUGCAUGGUAAUUGGGGACGGAAUUCUUACUCCUGCUAUAUCAGUUCUUUCGGCUUCUGGUGGAAUCCAGGUGGAGCAUCCAAAGAUGAGCACUGAUAUAGUUGUGCUUGUUGCGGUCCUUAUACUAGUUGGUUUGUUUAGCAUGCAACACUAUGGUACAGACAAGGUCGGGUGGCUUUUUGCUCCAGUUGUACUACUUUGGUUUCUUUUAAUAGGAGGAAUAGGCAUUUUCAACAUCUGGAAAUACGAUAGCUCGGUUUUGAAGGCCUUUUCCCCUGUAUACAUAUAUCGGUAUUUCAGGAGGGGAAGGAAAGAUGCCUGGACAUCACUCGGAGGAAUCAUGUUAAGCAUUACAGGUACCGAGGCACUUUUUGCUGAUCUUUCUCAUUUUCCUCUGGCUGCAAUUCAGCUUGCUUUCACAGUUAUCGUUUUCCCCUGCCUUCUUUUGGCCUACUGUGGGCAAGCAUCCUACCUCACUCAACAUCGAGAUCACGUGUCCGAUGCAUUCUACCGUUCUAUUCCAGAUAGCAUAUAUUGGCCCGUCUUUAUUGUUGCUACUCUAGCUGCUAUUGUCGCGAGUCAAGCCACCAUAUCUGCUACGUUUUCGAUAAUCAAGCAGGCUCUAGCAUUAGGCUGUUUCCCGAGAGUUAAGGUCGUGCAUACAUCGAAGAAGUUCCUUGGACAGAUAUAUAUUCCAGAUAUCAAUUGGAUCCUCAUGGUUCUUUGCAUUGCUGUGACGGCUGGAUUCAGAGAUAAGAGUCAAAUUGGCAACGCUUACGGCACAGCGGUCGUGAUAGUCAUGCUGGUCACCACGCUUCUCAUGAUCUUGAUAAUGUUGCUAGUCUGGCACUGUCACUGGAUCAUCGUCGUUAUCUUCACGGGAUUAUCUCUUGUGGUGGAAUGCACUUACUUCUCGGCAGUUCUUUUCAAGGUCGACCAGGGCGGUUGGGUCCCGCUUGUGAUUGCUGCAGCUUUUCUGAUAAUCAUGUAUGUUUGGCACUAUGGCACAGUGAAGCGCUAUGAAUUCGAGUUGCACAGCAAGGUCUCGAUGGCUUGGAUUCUAGGGCUUGGCCCGAGCCUAGGCCUAGUUCGUGUUCCGGGGAUAGGGCUCGUUUACACCGAGCUAGCAAGUGGAGUGCCCCAUAUUUUUUCUCACUUCAUCACAAAUCUACCAGCUACACAUUCAGCAGUGGUAUUUGUGUGUGUGAAGUAUCUGCCGGUCUAUACGGUCCCGGAAGACGAGAGAUUCCUCGUGAAGAGGAUAGGACCUAAGAACUUUCACAUGUUCCGCUGUGUUGCAAGGUAUGGUUACAAAGAUCUCCACAAGAAAGAUGACGAUUUCGAGAAGAAACUGUUUGACAACCUCUUCACAUUCGUUCGCCUCGAGUCUAUGAUGGAAGGCUGCUCGGAUUCUGACGAGUACAGCGUGUAUGGGCAGCAAACGCAGCAAUCGAGGGAUUUCCUUCUGGCGAAGAACAAUGGCAACACGUGCACGAGCACAGACCUCACGGUGUCCUCGGUGGACUCCAUCGUGCCCGUGCAGUCUCCUAGGCACGGGUGCAACAUGACCAUGUCGUCGGGGCGUGACAGCACGCAGACAGAAGUCGACGAGCUGGAGUUCUUGAACGCCUGUAGAGAUGCCGGGGUUGUACACAUUCUUGGGAACACAGUAGUGAGAGCAGGGAGAGAUUCUCGGUUUUAUAGGAAAAUCGCCAUCGACUAUGUAUAUGCAUUUCUUAGGAAAAUUUGCAGGGAAAAUAGUGCAAUUUUCAAUGUGCCUCAUGAGAGCCUCUUGAACGUUGGACAGAUUAUCUAUGUAUGAAUUUUUCACCAUCAAUAAAGACCAUUAUGAAUUCUUGGACA